GAUCGGUCAUCUCCGCGGACGGGAAGGCCGACCGAAAGAUCACGAGCCGCAGCUGCCGAGCGUGGAAAUGCUACCGCCGGAACAGUGCUUCGAUGUACGACAGGCGACGGGCCAACCGCCGGCUCAAGAUCCGGCUACUCCAGGCUGAAGUGGUGGAGACUUUCCUGUAUGGGUGUGCCUCGUGGAGCCUAACAGCGGAGCACUACACGAAGCUCAAUGGGACCCGCCGCCAGUUCCUUACACGGUGCAUCGGCUGGAGCAAGCGGAAACGCUCAGACCGCCCCCUGUCCUACGCCCAGGCCCUCAUCCAGGCAGGCUGCGAGGAAACCAUCGAGGCCACCGUGCGCAAACGGAGACUGUGUUUCGCGGGCUUUGUUAUGCGCAUGGAGGACAGCCGCCUCCCCAAGCGCAUGCUGUAACGAGCGAUGGCGGGGGGCGGGGGAUACCGGAGCGGGCAGGAGAGCGACUGGGUUUCUCGUCUAGGAGAGGACCUCGUGGCCUUCAACAUGGGAGACGAAAAGGAAGGGGGUAAAUGGAAAGAGAGCGCCAAGGACGCGGAGGUGUGGUACAACAAGGUCGAGGACGGGGCGGCAUGGUUCAUGAGGAAAUGGCACAAGCAGG